AUGGGUGCUCGUACUCCCUGUGCCGGAUCUCGGGGAGACAGCCCUAGUAACAAAACCCCGCAGAGACGGAAGAGCAGUGUAGAAGUCUUUAUGCUUAUGACGGGUUGGACUGUGAGGUCUAGCUAUGCAGAAAAACAGCAGUUCUCACAAUCUAUUGUAUUUAACCAGCGAAUAGUGGAUGCAGCCUUGUCCCGCCUUCAGGCAAUGCACAGACGACUGUGCACUGAACUGGAGAAAGAGAAGGAUUUUGAGUUGAAAAUUGCUUUGACACUAAAGGAAAACAUGCUUGAGAUGUGGCGGAUAGAAACUGAGCAGGGAAAAUACGAAAUCCUCCAUGAACAACUUAAAAAAGCUGAGGAGGAGCUCGAGAUGCAAUACCAAGAACGAGCUGAAGUGCGGAUUUGGAAGGAAAAAAUAGCAGCACUGCAAGCAGAAGAAAAUUGGCGGUCUAGAGAAAAAAAAGAAGAGGAGGCCCAGAAAGAAUAUGAAGAAAGGCGUAAAAAAAUGCUUGAAGAUGCCAAAAGGAACCAUGAAAAAGCAGUAUGCUUCCUGAGAAAAAGCAUGGCAAGAAUUCAUGAAAAAAAUGCAAAGGAAGAAGUGAAAACUCAGGAGCAUAUGGAGAGAAGGAUACAAGCUGUGCUUUCCCUGAGAAACAGCAUAACUUCCAAUAGGGAAAAACUCCAAACUCUUCAGGUUUGGAACAAAGCAAUGGCCCUUGAGGCAAAGAAGCAGGAGAUGAAAAUGAGGGAAGCUAUCCUGGCAGAAGGAGGCAAUGUUGCCAAGGAAAUUUUUCUCCAUAAACGACUGCUAGAGCAUGAAAAAGAGAAACAAGCUUCUAGAGAACAGCAAAAAUCAAGAAAAAUUGAGAUUGUAUCUCAAAUUUUGCAAGAAAAAGCUUAUAUUCAAAAGCAGAAAAAAAGUCAGUCCUGUACUAAGGCAAUUAAGGGUGGCGGUAAACUUGAGGAUUCUUCACUGUGGAGAAUGAAAACAUGGCAGUAUAUUGAGAAGACGUGCAAACGUUCAGCUGGAGCAAUAUCACAGUCGUGGUGCUCUCCGUCAGCUUGUUCCUCAGCUGGUGAGAGAACUGCUUCUGUAGGAGAGACUUCUGAAAAAAGACCCCAUGAUGUGCUCUGUGGAAGUGGUGAAGAUGAGAACGAGAGGGACGAGACCCUAGCAGAACCAGAGUUCCCCGGGCUUUGGAGUCAGGAACGUGACUUGCGCAAGAUACCCAAAGAAGCAAUGGAUCCGAAGCAGCUGGCUCCAAGGGUAGAGAAAAAAGACAUUUCUGAGAAAAAAAUGGAGGAAUUCCAAACUGGAAUUUUUCACAAGCAAAUAGUGUCUGGGCGUGAACAUAAGGGAUGUCCUUUCUAUAGUAAACCAAGCUGCAUUCAUUUCCAGGAUUUUGAUGUUGGUCAAAUCUACAAAAAGAAGAUCGUUUUGAUAAAUGCAUCCUACAGUGUUAAUUUCUGCAGACUAGUGGGAAUCAGUGAAUGGCUCAAGGACUUCAUCAGUAUUCAUUUUGACCCACCUGGCAAAAUAUCUGCUGGGAUGUCCUGUGAAAUAGUGGUGACAUUUAAGCCAAUGAUAAAUGAAACUCUGGAAGGGGAAGUCAUGUUUAUGGCACAGACCGGUUCUUUUUCUGUUCCGUUGAAAUGUACGGCCAAGAGAUGCAUUCUGGCACUAGAUAAAGAGCUCAUUGACUUUGGGAGCCAUGUGGUGGGAGAGACAAUUUCACGGACCAUCAACCUGACAAACAGCGGAGCUUUGGGAACAAGAUUCAAAGUUCAGACGUCAGCAGGUGACAGCAGUACAUGCAGAGCAACAGCAAAAUCUUCUCCUGGAAGAACGCUUACUCAACACUUCAGUGACUGCAUCCCUGAAAAGAAAGUCAGCAAUAGUCCUGUGACAUCUGUAGUUGAAAAGAAGGAAGAAAUUUCUCCUGACCAUAGUGCAGAAAUGACCUCCUGUGUAGCCCGGGGGGAGCAGCAGAGGACGGAGCCGAGCCUGAGCAGUGGUUCCGCGGAACAACUUGGUCAAGAUGUAUUAAAUUCCAGAUCAGAUCUCGAUACAGACAAUGCGCACGAUUUAGUGAAACUUUCUCCUGAAGAAACACCCGUUGAAAUUAUGCUUGGAAAGGUUACUGAAGGUGAAAUUGGACCCUUCAGCUCAGUCAGACUUCAGAUUAUAUUUGUCCCAGCCGUCCCUGGGGAUGUGCGGGCAGAGUUUGUGAUCGUGUUUGACAACUCGGACUGCAAACCAAAUCCUGUAUUAGAAACAGGAGAAGGAGUUUCUACUGAUGUGCCGGUUUGGGUGCCCAGUCCCAACAUUGAUUUAAAGAUCUGUAUGUAUGACGGACUGUAUCAGGAUUGCAUUGUCGUUCAAAGCAGAGCAAAAGCCACGCUGCGUUUGAAGUUUGAAGUAUGCAAAGAAUUGCGUAAGCACAUGGAGCUGCUGCCAAAAACAGGUUACAUUCAAGCGCAGUCAUCCUUCAGUGUGCAGUUGAAGUUUCUGCCCAGGCACUCCCUUCCUGAAGAUGCAGGGAGCUAUUUUAAUGAAGAGACCGGAGUUCUGGAAGUUCCAGUGACGAUACUGAUUGUGGAUAAGGCUAAAAAGGUUAAUUUUACUGUCCAUGCAAUUGUUACUACUUCUGAUUUGGAAAUCAGUCCAGCACAAAUCAAUUUUGGAUACUGCACAAUCUAUGAAGCUGUGCAGGCAAAUGUCACGCUAACAAACAAAUCCAUCUUGCCACAAGAGUUUGGGUUUGUGGGACUUCCAGAGCUUGUUGAAAUUCAGCCCAAUGACGGAUUUGGAAUUCUUCUUCCCCUUGAAAGCCUGACACUGGACAUAAUCUUUAAAGCUAACAAGGCAAAAGAGUACAGCUUUGAACUGACCUGCAAGUCAGAGAUUAAUAGACAAUUCAAGCUGUCAUGCAAAGCAGUUGGAGUCCACCCACCUCUUGAAUUGUCUCAUUCCUUAGUUCGGUUUGCUGCAACAGCUUUAAAUGGUGUGUCUGCAGCAACGCUGUAUGUGAUGAAUCCCCAUGUGAGUGUCAACCACUUUACUCAUGCUGUCCCAAGAACUGGCGAUGGGGAAGUUGCCCCUGUCGGACCCGCUUCCUUUGAAUUCUGUGUGCCAGAGGACUGCCCGGUGACAGUUACACCUUCUGUUGGAACUGUGUUGCCUGGGAAGAAAAGCUUGAUUCAAGUGUCCUUCAGACCAACAUUGUCAGAUCAGCUAAUCAGAGAAGAGCCAGUUCGGAGGCUUUGCAGAGCAGCUGCGACAGGGGCAGAAAUACAAGAAAGGAAGAAAGAUGAAAAGAGAGAGGGAAAGAAACUAAGCAUUUCCAUUACCAGACAGCAGUCUUCCAGACAGCUUGUAAGGGAUGGAGACAGUAAAUACCUGGCUUCUCUACAUAGUUCUGAACAACCCAAAUCCAAAGAGUUAAAGCCUGAUUCUGAUGCUUAUGUGGCAGCCCAGGCUUUCCUGAUGAGGAAUUUCCGUGGGAGGUUUGAAAAAUAUAUCAUACCAUGCUUUGUUGCAAGUGGCCAUAUCGAUGAAAAGAAAGGCUCUGAAAACCUAAGCUGCAGCCCUUCCAACACUCUGUAUUUGGAGAUGCACUGUCCGGCUGUAGCACCAUCUGUUGUGGUCACUUCAGAUAAUGGAAAAACCACAGUCAAUUUUGGUGAUGUUGCAGUAGGCCACAGAAUGAUUAAGAGAAUUACAAUACAAAAUAUCUCACCAGAGAAGCUGGAACUAGGAUUCUCAGUUCUGAAUCCCAGCGGUCCCUUCCUGUUGGUCAGACCAGUUCGAAUGCUUGAGCCAGGUGAAAAUAAAACCCUCAUCAUCUCUUUUUCUCCAAAUGAGAAUAAAUGGUUUUUUGAAAUGCUGGACAUCUGGGCGGCAAAAACCAAUCUAACCCUAAGCCUCACUGGUCGUGGGGUGAUGCCAUCAAUUGUUUGCUCUGUGGAAGAAGUACUCGAUAUGGGAUAUGUCAUAGCCAGAGAGAAGGUGACUUCCACGUUCAAGAUACAGAACACUUCGGCACUGACCCUGCGAUACUCCAUACAACUAGAUUCGCUUUCACCAACAAGGGACAAAGAUCGGCAGAGACUUCCAUCCUUUCUUACGUCCCCUUUGCAAAGAACAGAGUUUGUUGGAACACAGAACUAUAAUGGCUUGAGUGUGUUCAGCAUCUUUCCAACAGAAGGAGAAAUUGUUGCUGGGAAGAGUCAGGAUUUUAUUGUUACUUUCAGUCCUGAUCAUGAAAGUCUGUACUACUCUGACCGUCUCAAGGUUGUGCUCUUUGGCAAGAAAGUAGCCCGCGUGAUCCACCUAAAGGGUGCAGCGAGAGAUCAUCCAAUGUUUGUGGAAGGGGGAGUUCCGCUAGAUGUGCCGAUCGAGUCCUUGGCUGUCCCGUUGCCUGUGUCAUCGCAGCAAGCGCUGCAAGCAGAGCCUCAAGAACCAGUGAAGUCCAUUCUCCUCAUUCUGGAGUACAUCGAGGGAGAGAGUUCUCCAGUGCCAGCAAUGACAGAACUGAAAGUCGGAGCUAUACGGACUGCUCAGUUUGCAUCGAAGAAGAACAUGGAGUUCAGUUUUGAUAGCCUGCCACUCCUGCAGCAGAAGGGAUUCACUGUUGGAGCUGAGAAGGGAACGGUUGAGCCUGGUCAAGUAAAAUGUAUCGGUGUUUCGUGGGUGCCACCUGCCGACGUCCCUGCCGAUGACCCUCUGCUUGUGACAGCCCUCCUGACCUUAAAAGGUGACAUUAAGGAAUCUUACCGCAUCCUCUUCAUGGCAAAAGUUGUGUCUGCAUAUGCUCCCACUAAGUGA